AACCUCUGUUCCUCAAGCUGGUUGCACACUGACAUCACUGGACUUUCCCCUAUCUUUUGUAUAUAAAUCACAUACAUGUAUGGCGAGUAGACAACUUCAGUUGAAAAGCUCACACAAUAAGGACCACAUCUCUGAGAAACUAACAGCAUGGUGAAAUACGAAACAACAUUGCUAGAUCUGGAAACCGGCGCAGGGGGAGUUUAUCAGACAACAGUGGCAUCCGUCCCGGUGAAGUCCUCCAAAAGCUGGAUAUGGAAGACAAUUGCUGCUAUCUCUUUGCUCACUCUUUGUGCCGCAGCGGCUGUUUUCUUCACCUGGCAUGUAAUGGAACUGAGCCAAAAAGAUAUUCCACACUUUCUGUCAGAGAAACAAAUCAGCACACCAUCAGAGCAAGGAAGAAUGCUGAAGCAGAUCGCUGAGAGAACAAAAGCAGCCAUUCAUUUGCAUGGAAAGCACGACACCGCGGAGUCAAAGUCUCUGAAGUGGGUCAGCGGCGUGGAUCAAUCGUUUGAACAGGGAGGCCUCAAGCUGGCCGAUAACAUGAUUCACAUUCCCGCCGACGGCCUCUACUUUGUGUACAGCCAAGUGUCCUAUGCCGUACGGUGCAGUUCGGACGAAUCCGAUGACAAUGAAGCUAAGACCUUCCUGAGCCACAGCAUCUGGCGUUACACAGACGCGGUGGCAGACUGGAAGCCUCUGCAGAACUCGGCCCAGUCCGUAUGCCAGUCGCAAGAGGACGGGAAGACCACGUACAGCACCAUCUACCUGGGAGCCGUCUUUAAGCUCAUGGAGGGCGACAAGCUGGAGACCAGGACCAGACACUUCGCCGACAUCGAAGACGAUUACGCCAAAACGUUCUUUGGAGUGUUCGCCUUGUAAUUUGUUAGCCGCGUGAGUCGCGCGGCAACGGUUCGAAGACAAGUGUUUUACAUUAAAACAUCCGACGUAUGUUCUCAGGGCAUUUGCUUUAAAGUAGUUUGAUUAACGCCGAGUCCUUAUUGCAUGGUAACAUAAUGUUUUGUUUCUAAAACACAUCAGAUGCAGUAAGAGCCGUGCGCCUGAUACUAUGUACUCAGUCAUGAGCACUAUACCAAGGGCACUACAACCCGUAUACUUAUUUUAAGCUAAGUUGAUUAUCUUACGCGUUUCGUUGUAGAAAUUGUAAGGAAUGUAGACGUUCGAAGGAACGAUGAACGAUGGCAUAUCGAUCUAUUUAUACCUUUGAGAGUAUUUAAUUAAUUUUAUUUUGUAUGUCCUAUUUAUCUAUUUAUUAAUGACUGUGUAUGCUAUACUGUUUGAAAAAAAGGAAUGUACUGAAUUGUUUUGACACUCAUCUGACAUUUUAAUGUUAAAUAAAUGAAUUAUUGUACCGCA